AUGCAAGAACCCCUGGCCCAGCAGCCCGGCACAUGGCCUUGUUCACAUCCAUCCCUGCGGGCAGGAAGUCCUCCUGUGCUCUCCCUCACUGCCUGCAGUGGUAGCUCAGACCACGUAGGGGUCACAGGAGAGCUGAGCGGGCAGCAAGAUCAGGCAGUGAGGGAGGCAUCAGGAGGGGGCGAAGGGGCAGAGAGGCGAUGGUACAGACUCAGAACAUCACAGGCAGACAAGGAGGGGACGGGGCCAGGGUCUCGGGCACAGAGGCUGAAAGUAGGCCAGCAAGAAGCGACUGGGGCAUCCCCAAGCCCCCCACCAGAGACCUCGAGUAGUUCCUGGAGCCUGGUUCCCGGCAAGGUGAAGGAGUGGAUGGAGCUGCUGGUGACCAGACCCAGAGAGAGGUGGCCGUGGUUCUGGGGCCUCGGGGCCUUCCAGGGCUUUCUGCAGACUUACUUUGAAGACCACCUGAAAGACUUGGCUUCCCGCACCCAGGCCUGGCUCCACAGCUCCAAGGACAGCCUCCUGAACAAGGCUCACAACCUGUGUCCCCAGCUGUUCUGCGAGAAAGGCGACCAAAAUUAAAGUGUUCACAGCCUCAGCAAUAAAGAAAUUCUCUGUGUCCCUGUCCCAGUCCCUCCCCAACUCGGCCAGAGAUAAUUUCACCCCAUCCACCCUCAAAGAUUAAGGAAUAGAGGAAGUAACAUGUGGCAGGGAACCACAGUAGGGGUUGGGGGAUUGGGGGAAGGAGUCGGGGUUGCGGGGGAUGACCCCUCAGGCUUGUUUGGGGGGCAGGGACUUCAGGCUUCUCAGUUUGGGAUGGAGGGUGAAGAACUGGAGAGCAGGCAGCUCCCCACAGCAGCUCCUCCUUCAGAGCUCUGCCCUCACUUCCCACAGGAUGGAGACACCCAGACCUCAUUCCUGG